AUGACAAUGGCCUUUGGCGUCAUUCUCGAAACCGCCGCGCUGCUAGGUGCGUCCUGGAGCACGAAGAUCUGGCAUCUAUACUUGAGCCAAGGCGUUUGUUUUGGCUGGGGACUGGGAAUUCAGUAUCUUUCCACAACCUUCCUGAUUCCCCAAUGGUUCGACAAAAACCGCAGUCUCGCAGCAGGGAUAUGUACCGCUGGUAGUGGAACUGGUGGGCUUAUUUAUUCCCUAGCCACGCAUGCUAUGCUGGCCCAAUUUGGCAUUCCUUGGUCCUAUCGUAUCCUGGCAAUUAUUCAGUUGGUAGUCAACGCUCUCUGCGUGCUCGUCAUUCGAGACAGGAAUCCGCAGGGGGUGGGUGCGUACCAAAUGCCAAAAAUCAACUUCCGGCUUUAUCUCCGUUACGAAAUGUGGUUGUUUAUUGGAUGGAGCUUCUUCAGUGUGAUGGGGUUUAUGGUUAUCUGGUUCUCGCUUGCCACUUACGGAAGAAGUAUCGGUCUGACUUCCACUCAAGGCUCCAUUGUCACGGCUGUUAUGAAUAUCGGACAGAUGUUUGGUCGUCCUGCGGUGGGUCUCCUGAGUGAUCGAAUUGGACGGAUCAAUAUAGCUGCUUUUGCUACUUGCAUCAGUGGCUUGCUUUGUCUUUUGUUAUGGGUGUUUGCUCGAACAUAUGCAUCUCUUAUAACUUUUGCUCUGCUUGCAGGUAUAUUCUUUGGCACCUUCUGGACUGUGAGUCGUAAUUUUGUUGAUGAGUGUUCUGUUCCAUACUAA